AUGCGUGGUUGUCUGUUUUUAUUUGCGACACAACGAAACGACGUACGGCAGUGUAGCUGAGCUGUGUCCACUGUAGUCUCAGGAAGGACAAAGACAAAGGAAGACGUCUCUCUAUUAUUGUACCGUUUGAGUAAAUCCACCCAGCAGAAGAACACAUAAGUGUGAAACCUCGUGUCUGACAUGGCCAACCCUUUAAGGGGUCAGGUUUUCAAGCUUUACAAAACUCUGCUGCAUCUUGGCCGUGAGUACCCCCAGGGAUCAGCUUACUUCAGAGGGAAGCUGAAGGCAGCUUUCAUGAAGAAUAAAGAUGUGACGGACCCCGAAAAGAUCCAAAAGCUGGUGGCCCGGGGCGACUUUGUCAUCAAGGAACUGGAGGCUUUGUAUUUCCUCAGGAAAUAUCGAGCCAUCAAGAAGAGGUAUUACGACCAAGAUGAAAAGUAAUUAUUACACACAUAAACAGCACUGAAUUAUCCUUCAGGCUGUGAGGAAAGUACAGUCAAUGUGUUAAUAUUUAAUGUAUUUUCACAUACACACCUCUAUUAAUGAGAUGCAGUACACAUUACUCUGCAGUUGCCCUUACAUAACAAAUAAACUAAGCUUGCCUCACAAGGGAAAUGGACAAUCCACCUGUAGGAAGUGCCACAAAGUGAUGAUAAUGAAGCUGUUAUUGAAUUUGCUUUGUAUUUUUUAUACCCAACUUGUACCUUGAACCAGAGUUUUAAGUAACGAAUACUGUACAUAUGUUAAUAUCAUAGGUUUUCCUCUGAAGCCGUUCUAAAUGUCAGAAGCCUAGGUAUCAAACUGACUGAAUCCCGUUGUACAAUGUAUUUUCAGUGUAUAUAUUUGUAAAUACAUGGUCAAACUUCUUGAAGAGUGAAUGUACAUGACUGUGUAUCAAUGCACUAUUAGAUAGAAAACAAGCAGUAUUUUAAAACAGUGAUGUCCUGUCAUAAUAAAUAUUAGAAAAUCACAACAAUUUAA